AUGAGGCAGAGGUGUGGGUUCAAUAGGGAAAACACCUUGGAGGCAGAGAUAAGAAUUGUAAGGGUGAGGCUUUGUGGGUUAGAGGUGGGGGUCCAAUGGGAGAAACGACUUGGGGAAGAGGUGGGGGUCCAAUGGGAGAAACUACCUGGGGAAGAGGUGGGGGUCCAAUGGGAGAAGCAACCUGGGGAAGAGGUGGGGGUCCAGUUGGAGAAACUACCUGGGGAAGAGACGGGGGUCCAAUGGGAGAAACUACCUGGGGAAGAGGUGGGGGUCCAAUGGGAGAAACAACCUGAGGAAGAGGUGGGGUCCAGUGGGAGAAACUACCUGGGGAAGAGUUGGGGGUCCAAUGGGAGAAACAACCUGGGGAAGAGGUGGUGGUCCAAUGGGAGAAAAAACCUGGGGAAGAGGUGGGGGUCCAAUGGGAGAAACUACCUGGGAAAGAGGUGGGGGUCCAAUGGAAGAAACUACCCGGAGGCAUCUAAGUGGGGGUCCAGUCAGAGAAACUACCUGGGGAAGAGGUGGGGGUCCAAUGGGAGAAACUAA